AACUUCCCGACUCUCUGCAUCAACUUAGAGCUCAUAAUUGAAGCUCAAAAAUUCUCAGCUCCAUUCAUUUUUUAAGUUUCCCAGUAAGAUUCAUUAUAAUGAUUACGACUCAUCAUCACCAUCGUCUUCAUUUCACGGGAAUCAGAAUAAAGUCUCCGACGGAGAACCAGCGGCGUCCUUUAUGUUCAGUACUUGUCAGCUUUCGUUGCAACAGUCAAGGCAAGAACAGCGGAAAAUCUGGAGAUCGUAUCAAUGGCAAUGGCAUAGUAUUGGUGAAUCCUAAGCCACAUAAAGGGCCGGUUUCUAAAGCCAUCGAUUGUUUAGAAAGUUUGAUCGUCAAGUUCAUGCAUAAUUCUUCGUUGCCUCUCCAGUAUCUCUCCGGUAAUUUCGCUCCUGUUCCGUCCGAAACUCCCCCCACUGCAGAGCUCCACGUCGUCGGCAAUCUUCCUGAAUGCUUGAAUGGGGAGUUUAUAAGAGUUGGUCCUAACCCAAAGUUUACUCCGGUGGCUGGAUAUCAUUGGUUUGAUGGAGACGGAAUGGUUCAUGGUGUGCGCAUCAAGGAUGGAAGGGCAAGCUAUAUCUCUCGUUUUGUGCAGACUUCACGUCUUAAGCAGGAAGAGUUUUUUGGAGAAGCUAAAUUUACAAAGAUUGGAGACCUCAAGGGGCUGUUUGGAUUAUUGAUGUUUUCGAUGGGCAUUCUGAGGAUGAAGUUGAACGUACUGGACUUGUCUUACGGAAUUGGAGGAGGCAAUACAGCUCUUGUAUAUCACCAUGGAAAACUUCUGGCACUAUCAGAGACGGAUAAACCUUAUGUCCUUAAAGUUUCAAAAGAUGGAGAUCUGCAAACACUUGGGAUGUUAGAUUAUGAUAAAAGACUAAAACAUCCCUUCACUGCUCAUCCGAAAAUUGACCCGCAUACUGGUGAGAUGUUUACUUUUGGUCAGUCGCGAACUCCACCGUAUGUCACCUACAGAGUCAUUUCCAAGGACGGUUUCAUGCAUGACCCGGUACCUAUAACAUUAUCACAGUCUGUCAUGAUGCAUGACUUUGCUAUUACCGAGAAUUAUGCAAUUUUUAUGGAUCUUCCUAUGUGUUUUAGUCCGAAGGAAAUGGUGAAACAAAACAAGAUGAUCUAUGCAUUUGAUCCAACGAUUAGAGCUCGUUUUGGUGUACUUCCACGAUAUGCCAAGGAUGAGGAUCAAAUUAGAUGGUUUGAGCUUCCAAGCUGCUUCAUAAGUCAUAAUGCCAAUGCUUGGGAGGAGGAUGAAGAAGUUGUUCUGAUCACUUGUCGCACGGAGAAUCUAGAUUUAGAAAUAUUCAACGGACCUCUCAAAGAAAAGACUGAGAACUUCUCAAUGGAGUUGUAUGAGAUGAGAUUCAACAUGGAAACUGGUAUGGCUUCACAAAAGAAACUAUCAGCAUCUUCUGUAGAACUUCCCAGGAUAAAUGACAGAUACUGUGGCAAGAAGCUGAGAUAUGUUUAUGGAACCCGUUUCAUAGACAAAAAAGUCUCGGCCAUUAUCAAAUUUGAUCUUGAGGUUGAACCAGAGGCAGGGAAAGAGAAGCUUGAAGUUGGCCGAAAUGUCAGAGGAAUCUUUGAGCUGGGUCCUGGCAGAUUUGGUUCAGAAGCUGUGUUUGUUCCUCGAGAGCCUGGCAUUGGUUCUGAAGAAGACGAUGGGUACCUGAUAUUCUUUGUACAUGAUGAGAACACAGGAAAGUCAGCAAUGUAUGCAAUAGAUGCAAAAACAAUGGCAGCAGAUGCUGUUGCAGUUGUGGAAUUACCUCAUAGAGUUCCAUAUGGGUUUCAUGGCAUCUUUGUGAUAGAGGAGCAACUACAGGAACUUGCCAAAUUGUGAUUGUCGAGAGGGGUCCCAUCCCAUGACUUGUUUGGGCCGCUUUGAAGUUUCUCUCAGAAAUAAAAAUAAUAGUUAAGGCUUGUGUUGUAUCAAGGGGAAGAAUACAUUUCUAUCUGUACGAGUA